AUUCCACUCGCCACCGUCUUUCGUGCCGUCCAAGAUGAGACCCUAGAGCUUAAAGCCGCACAAGCUCGGAAUCCGAACCCUACACCAGCUUUCCCACAGGAGCCAUCCCGCCGCGUUCCCUCCCUCCCCGCGACUCGCCGCCGUCACCCCCACGAGCGCCUGGCCCCUAGGGUUCCUUCGCCGCCGCAGGAGGAAGAAGACGAGGGGAAUACAUCGCGAUGGCGGGUAGGCUCCUCGCGAAUCUGAUCGUCAUGGGCGGAACCGUGGUCGGCAGGGCCGUCCUCCAGGCUUAUCGCCAGGCCAUCGUCAAUGCAAACAAAACUGGAGCUGCCCAGGAAGCUAUAAAUGGUAUUAGAAGGGUUAACAAGGCCAUGACAGAGCAAGAAGCCCGGCAGAUACUAGGUAUCAGUGAACAAUCGACUUGGGAAGAGAUUGUUCAGAAGUAUGACACAAUGUUUGAGAGGAAUGCCAAGAAUGGGAGCUUCUAUCUCCAGUCAAAGGUUCAUCGUGCCAAAGAAUGUCUGGAAGCUGCAUAUCAUAGGCCUGAUGUAACAAACUGAGACUGAGUAGACGCCUAGCUUCCAUUUGAAGCAUUAUGUCUAACUAUUUGCUGAUGCGGCUAAAGAUCAUCAUUCUGUUUUUGAGUUAUGUUGGGUGCAUCAGAUUGAUUGGUUGUAACGGGAAGCAGCUUUACUGGACUCAAAAUAUGUUCAACAAAGAUACGAAAUUUUGGCCUA